GUCGAGUCAUGCAACGCAGGUAGACGCGAUGUCGUCAUCGGAGGCGAUACGCUAUCGGAGAUUGAAAGAGCUAUGGCGCCGCAGAGUCUAGGAAGGAAAGAAGGAAGGAGAGAAAAGGAAAAAAUUGAACGUUUUCAGUAUAUAAGCAACGCGAGAAAACGUGAAACUUUAUUCAUUUGAGUUUGCUCGAAAUCUUCAUUUCGGCUUCGGUACAAGUAUUCGUCGUUGUUGUGACCAGUGUUCAACUAGUUCUCGGUAAAAAAGUGAUAAAAAUGGCCGGCGCAAAAAAAGUAUCCAGUGAACGGAAAAAGCUAACCGAUUUUGUUAAAUCUACUCACGUUUGUGAUAUUAACAAAUCGGGCCUCAAGACCGACUUCGAUAGAAGAAACGAUCAGCGAUAUUUAUUAUUAUCGACGACGUACGGGCUUAACGCAUCGUAUACUAAGAAGAUUCACGUGGGAUUGCAGGCGACGAGCGAAAAUUGCUUUGUACCGAUUGUAAAAUUAACAGGCAAUUAUGCAGAUGGAAUAUGUCUCGACACCGACACCUGGCAGCAAUUUCAAAUCAGCAUGGAGCAGAUGAAGCAGUAUUUGUGCGAGAAUCAAAAAUCCAAACCAAGUCCGAUUAUUAUCAACAAUAUUUCCAUCGGCUUCACAACCGCUUACGGAACAAGGGCAGUGAUAGUGAGUUAUAAGGAAAAUGCGGGACAACCGGCGAAUAAUAACGAGACGGAGGAGCAGCCCCCGUUGAAGAAGCAAAAAACGUACAGCGUCGCCAUUGUGAUGCAGAAAACUACUUUUGUCGGCCUGGAAGAUAUCGCAAGAUGUGUGGACGCUCAUUUGGCACGGUUAAUUCCCAUUACCGACACCGUCAACGCGUGCUCCAAAUACCUGAUUAGCGAAAUAGAAUUAAAAUUUCCCUCGUCUUACAUAGAUUGCGAAAUUAUAAAACUUACAGUUAGAGAAUGGCAAGACGCGUAUCAGCGUUUACAGUACGCCGCAAGUGCGUCAAAAGAAGAGGAGGAGGAGGAGGAGGAGGAAAGAGCACGAAAGACGGAUUACGUUAAUAAUGUUUUGAUAAAAUCGAAGAAAAAUAUAAUUGAAUUUCGCGAAGGAUUACCGCGUCCGGAAGAUUAUUCCAACGAUCCGCUCUCGCCAAAAUUAAUAAUAAUUGACGAUCUUAUGAGAGAAUCAUCGUCGUGCGACGCUAUCGUAGAUCUAUUUACCAAAGGAAGUCAUCAUAAGAAUCUCAGUGUUAUACUCAUCUCGCAAAAUCUCUUUCAUCAAGGACGUGGACAACGCGACAUAUCUCUAAACGCGAAUUAUAUAGUAGUUUUAAAAAUCCACGCGAUCGCGCACAAAUUCGUCAUCUAG